UAAUGCAAAUGAAUGUAGAGGAAACUGUCAGCUGCACUGUGGUCCAACCAAUAGAAGCACAGCUCCAUCUUGGCUGUGCCCUAGACUGCAUUACAAACAGACGAUACCAUCGCUUCAACAGCAGCCUUCAGACAAGAGCCACUAUUUCCUGAAUCAGGUCAUCUGUCCUCGAAUUGAAAGGAGUGGAAAUAGGACACAUAAAUACACUGAACCAAGAUUCAAAAGAGCAAUAAAAGACGUGAAAUCUCUUAAGAAUGGCCUCCUUGAGCUCCAGCCUCUGGAAUGAAACCACUACAUCUGUUUAUCAGUACCUUGGUUUUCAAGUUCAAAAAAUUUACCCUUUCCAUGAUAACUGGAACACUGCCUGCUUUGUCAUUCUGCUUUUAUUCAUAUUUACAGUGGUAUCUUUAGUGGUGCUGGCUUUCCUUUAUGAAGUGCUUGACUGCUGCUGCUGUGUCAAAAACAAAACUGUGAAAGACUUGAAAAGUGAACCUAACCCUCUUAGAAGUAUGAUGUACAAUAUCAGAAAACGUGAAAUUGAAGUGGUCUAGCUACAGUGUAAUAAGAUGAAUAAAAUCUUUGAAAACAGUCUUCAACCACUGAGAAAAAAAGAAAAUUUUCUGAAGCCAACUGUUAUUACAAAACUGAGUAACUUUGAAUCAUUAAGUCUUUCUACUAGAAGGUAAAAGCAAGUUAAAUAUGUACUUUGUAUGUAUGUGUAUCCCUUUCAUUAAAUAUAGAGUAAAACAUCACAAAUGUGAAUAAUUUACUAAUUUAUUUAACAUGACACUUCAAAAACUGGAUAAAAAGUUCCUAGAAUUCAAUAUUAAGCAGCAAAAGGUAAACUGGAAGACAUAAAUGUGCAAGGCUAAUGAUACCAAAAUAACUUACACCGAAAUAAACCAUGUGGACUAAAAAACAGUACUAUCUUACAUGUGUCUUGAUAAUAAAAAUACUAUUUAAAAUGCUUAUUUAAAUCCAAAGUAAAAUACUUCCACUUAUACAUAACGUCCCUACUUAUUAAAACACAGUAUUUUCUAGUUUAUUGAAGACAACUUACAUAUUUUUAAAGACUUCAGCUUUAUGUAAGAUUAGUGUGAAAAAAAAGUCUCCAAAUACUCAGAAAGGUGCUUACCUAAAAAUUUCAUAAGAUGGACCAACUGUUGAAAAAUGUGGGCUAUAAAGAGCCAGGCUAGUUUCAAACUAAAACUUACUAGUACACCCCCUAAAUCGCAUUUCUUGAGCUUGUGCUUUCAUUUUGCUUCUCAUUCUCACGGCUAAGAUGUAGAAAU